GAAACCUUCACCUGACUUCCUGCAACUUUCCAGGACUACAUAUAUGCUUCUGAAAACUAAACAGCAAGCAUGGCAACACUGCUUCGCAGACUGGCAGGGCCCGGGUGGUUGGGAGUGAUUCUGCGGGAAACGCACGGCCGAUCUUCACAUCUGAUUCCCCGGGACGGAUCGCGACUGCUGGCCGGUGGCGGUCGCCCUCUGACGGCGUACAGUCGCCCACACAGCCGCAGACAGCACACAAAGGCGGCAGAUCCACCAGAGGUGGUUUUAAAGCGGUUAGAGGGGGAAGACAAUGGGAUAGUGGAGGUGUUGAUGUGCCGACCCAAGGCAAGAAACGCUCUGGGUUAUGUGUUCGUGUCAGAGAUGAAGCUGCUGAUGUACAGGCUGUCCCAUGACUCAGCAGCUCGUGUGGUUGUCUUCAGGAGUUUAGUGCCAGGUGUUUUCUGUGCAGGUGCAGACCUGAAAGAGAGAGCUCUGAUGAACCUCACUGAGUCUGAUCAGUUUGUUCACGGCCUGCGAUCUCUCAUGACUCAGAUAGCAUCGUUGCCCAUGCCGACCAUCGCAGCGAUGGACGGCGUUGCCCUGGGAGGCGGGCUGGAGUUGGCCUUGGCCUGUGACCUCCGCACUGCUGCAUAUUCGGCACAGAUGGGCCUGAUUGAGACGACACGAGGGCUGCUCCCAGGGGCGGGGGGCAGUCAGCGGUUGCCGCGGAUGAUCGGCAUGACUCUGGCCAAAGAGCUCAUCUUCACAGGUAAGCGUGUGGGAGGGCAGACAGCUCUGGAGAUGGGGCUCGUAAACAGUGCUGUAGAACAGAACCCGACAGGAGACGCUGCCCACAGAGAAGCGCUCAGCCUGGCCAGAGAGAUACUGCCCCAGGCUCCUAUGGCUGUGCGGCUGGCUAAAGAGGCAAUGGACCAAGGCAUUGAGGUUGACAUGACUUCAGCAAUGGUAAUAGAGAGGAUGUGUUAUGCUCGGGUCAUCCCCACGGAGGACAGAAAAGAGGGUAUGGCUGCCUUCAUAGAGAAGAGACCCCCGCGGUACACCGGGAAAUAAACUCUCUUUGACGAUCGAAUGUCUCACACUGCUCUCCACAACCUCAUGUCUGAUAGACAAUUAACACCUAUUGAUUUUGUGUAUGCAUCCCAGACAGCAUCAAUACAUUAGAUAAGGUCGACAUUAGUGGAGACUGUUUGACUUUGUGACGUUCAGGAUGAGACUGACCAAGAGAGAUUUUUAUUUAAUUAAUAUUAAGAAUUAUGACAAAUGUAUUUGCUGUAUUUUGCUCACACGUUCCACACUUGUUAGUGUCGUUUUUGGAAUAAAAAGGCAACACAAGUGUCAUUUUAUGGGAAUGUAAAUUCUUUAAUUUCCAAACUACACAUGGCAGUCAGAGCAGACGUACGGUAUCUUGUUGUUUUGUAUCUUCCGUCUGAAUUAAACUCUUGUGAAAA